UGAAUGGUUAAGACGGAAGUAUUUCCGGUCAGCGUCCAUGGCCAUCACAACCACAACACCUGUAAGAGUGAACGUUUAACGUUACAUGUCGCAACGGCGGUCAAGUGGCCAUCCUCAGGACAUGUGGGACAGAGUAUCCGUGCUCUAAUCAACUGGACAUCAGCGUGUCGAAAGCCACGUCCAUGUGUGGAAGCUGUGUACACCUCCAUGGACCAGAGUAUUUUAUGGGAGACGCCGAAGAAAAGUAAUGGGAAACUCGGCCUUCAAGAACGGUGGUCGAGUGAAGCUGGUAGGAACAGCAAACCAGUACAUUGACAAGGUCCGGUUCAGUGAGACAGAUGAACAGUGCAUACCAGACCUAGAACACAUACCAGGUAGAUAGUAACCUUGGAGUUUUGGGGCUAGAGGGAGGAGACCAGAACUCUGUACUAUUGCUUGACUCGGCUCAGCAAAAAGAAUGUCUUCCUGAAAUGUCUGCCAUGAAAGAUCAGACUCCACACGUGUCUGCAAAGGAUUCACAGAUGCACUUGUGCAAGCUGGGCGCAGCAGAUGUGGGAGGGAUAACAGUGAGUGGGGAAGAGGACACAUGGAAAUAUCAAGAAAGUCCCCUUGGACUCAGUAAGAACAUCAACCAGAUGGAAUCAUUAAAAUGUAAGAAAUCUAAUGGCAUCCAGGGGAGUGAGGAAACCAGGGGAUCCCAGACACAAGACGUUCCUGCUAACAAUACAAAACAACAGAACAGCAUUCCUGACCUGGAGAGCCAGGAGAAGGACAUGUUACAUGCCAGCAAUACAGCCAACUUGCCUCUGACCACAGUGCCACCCAGACUUGGCAGGACACAGACUCGCUAUUCCCUUCCUGAAGACAUUGUCUAUGUUCUAGACAAAGUCAAGGAUGCACAGUUGCCUGAUCUACACAGACAACCAUCAGUAGUUGUUACUGACAGUCAGAACAUAGUCUCACAAUCAGGACCACAGGAACCAUCCGGGAAGGAGUGUCUGGAUCGACCCAUCUACCCAACAUUGCCUUACUCACCAUACUCCUCACCCAUGGCUUCACCCAGGCUAUCACACAGGUACCCACGCAGGCCUGCCACCGAGUCCCACAGAGUCAGCAUUAUGGACAAGGAGGACUUCACCCAGCUUAAUCAGUACAGAUUGAAAGAAGAAAUAGGAAAGGGAGCCUAUGGUGUUGUGAAGCUAGCAUAUGAUGAAAAAGAUGACACAAACUAUGCAAUGAAGAUUAUUUCAAAGAAAAAACUCAUCAAAAGAGAUUUUUUCCGCCGCCCCCCCACGCGUGGUGUGGGCAGGCGGGGUGGAGCAGCCCCGGCCAGCAGAGGUCUGCAGCAGAUCUACAAGGAGAUCGCCAUUCUGAAAAAACUGCAUCAUCCUAAUAUAGUUCAUCUGAAGGAGGUGUUAGAUGACCCACAAGAUGACUACCUUUACCUGGUUUUUGAACUAGUUGAAAAGGGCCCUGUGCUGGAGGUCCCCACCAACAACCCUCUGUCUGAAGACCAGGCCAGGCAAUAUUUCCGGGAUGUGCUUCUGGGACUGGAGUAUUUGCAAUAUCAAAAGAUAAUCCAUGGGGAUAUCAAGCCUUCCAACCUGCUGUUGGGUGAUGAUGGACAUGUUAAGAUUGCAGAUUUUGGUGUCAGCAAUGAGUACGAUGGAGUGGAUGCCUUGAUGUCCAGCAGUGUGGGAACUCCUGCCUUCAUGGCACCAGAAACGCUGUCAGAGUCUACUGACAAGUACAGUGGAAAGGGUCUGGAUGUCUGGGCCUUAGGGAUCACUCUGUACUGUUUUGUUUAUGGCCAUUGUCCUUUUGAAGACAGCUCCAUCCUUGCACUCCACACCAAGAUCAGGACUCAGGACCUCACCUUUCCAAACAGGUAUGAUGUGAGUUUGCCUCUGAAGGAGCUGCUGAAGAAGAUGUUGGACAAGGAUCCAAUUUCCCGCGUCACCAUCCCUGAUAUCAAGGUUAACGAGUGGGUGACUGAGAAAGGUUCCGUCACCCUACCCACCGAGGCUGAUAACUGCACCCUGGUUGAAGUCACUGAUGAUGAGGUGACCAACUGUGUGAAACAAGUGUCGCAACUCAACACAUUGAUUUUAGUGAAGAGUAUGUUGAGGAAGCGGUCCUUCUCCAAUCCUUUCAGACAGAGUGAGAACUCGUCAUCACCAUAGUCCAGGGUUCUUCUGAAGGCAGCGAGUUGUUGACUUCUUCUUCAAAUAAGGCCACACCAAUUUAAUUUCUAGGUUAACAGAUUCGCCCGCUUCAUUUUUUCUGAUUUGCAAAUUUAGUAAAAAAUUCAGAAUCAAGUGCAAAAUGCUCAUAUUUUGCCCUGAACAGUUGGAAACCUUUUCUUCCUACUUGUUACAGUUAUUCCAUCUUUCAAUGCAGUGGUAUCAUUAAAAGUUCAAAAUUCAUUGUUUAAAUUUUGAACCAGCCUGGUGUGUUGACUUCAUGGCUCCUAUCGUACCAUUUUGGGCUAUAAUAGGAUGCCAAGGCCUGCUUUUAUUUAUUUUUUUCCCCCGCCUGCUCCAUUAUUUUUCUUUAAAAAUCCGUUAACCAAGAAAUCAAAUUGGUGUGGUCUAAAGGAAUGAUUUUGUCCUAUAUUUGAUUAAGUUACAGUAGAAAUUUUUCAAUUCAUUCACACAAUGAAACAUAUUCAUGCAUAAUGUGGCACACACUGAUAUUUUCAAAGCUGUACAAUGAACUGUUGCUUUGUGUGAUGGAGGAAAGUUAUUUGAUUAAUUUGUCACAGUGUAGAGGGAUAAAUAUGAACUCUUGACACUACAGUGUUUUUAUUUUCACCAGAGUUGAUUUCCAGGUUAAAUUCAUAUUUACCAGCAAAAAAAUAUAUUCUUAACUGCAGUAUUCAAGAGGAUAUAACAAAGACCCUAUUCAACACCAGACUUCACUUAACUGGUUGAAUUCAUAAGUCGGUAUAAUCUGGGUAAAGCCUCUUGAGUUCAUAUCUGGCUUUACAUACUGUACUACAUGUAGUAACCUCUUCAGUGAAAUCCUGUCUGCAAAGUUGGUUGGUCGUCCAACUCCACGUACAGGAAGGCAUGCCACCCUGUUCCCCCCCCCCCCAGCCUUCUUGUCUGCUAUGUACAGUUCCUUAACUUACAACAACAUUGCUGUGUUGUCCUGCCCCCCCCCCCCCCCCCAACCUGAUGAGGGCCUGAUUUUUGCCAUGGCUGAGAUAGUGACUUGGAACCUGUGAGUCUGACGUCCAAAAUUAACCCAUAUAGUGUUCACACCACUUUGUAGACAGAGCAAACCGCUACCGAACCCUUACCCCACCUCCUCAUGAAGUGGUUUUUGAUAAACCAGUUGAAACCUUUAAUCAACCGGUUAAUUUUCAUUCACACCAGCCUAAUUACUAUAUAAACUCAACUUUAUGAAGGGUUUAUUCCCCCGUAUGAAUUCUUCCGGUUUUGUGAAGUCUGGUAUGAAUGGGGGUAAAAAAAAGGGGGUAAAAAGAUUUUCUUAUAUCUUCUGCUGCUCAUUUAGUUUUCUUGCCUUUGGAAAUUUUGGCUUCUGAGAUUCAACUUCAAAGUUACAAAGAUGACAGAACAUGUAUAUGUCAGUUCCAACAGGUGAUUUUGCUUGAUGUUUAUCUUCCUUUCUUCUUAAGGGAAGUAAGAAGUAGAAGUAGAAAUUUUAAAAUUAAGACUAGUAGAUAUGCGUGUAUAGUAAUUUGCUGGCAUACUACCCAAAGCCAAUGUUAGAUUUAGGUAAGACGUAUGCCCCAAAUGUGGCUGGUAUUUGUUUUUUUUAAGUUUCUAAGAAAACACCCAGCUACAUGUAGCACUGCAGUUCUCACUCAUGUACAGUCAGCAGUCCUAGUGUGUUAGGCCGUGUUUAUGUGAAGUCACCCAAGGCGCUUUACAUGUGGUUUACCCCGAAGCCGGUUUCAAGUGGCUCCAUCUGAACGCUCCAAAAUCACAUUGAAAGCACAUCCCA